AUGCCUAGAAUAAGCCCAGUGUGGCGGCACUUCGAUAAAGUUAAUAAAACGUUGGCCACUUGUAAAAUAUGUGGUGAAACUGUACAAACUGCAGGUAAUACCACUAACAUGCGUCAACACCUGGUAAAUAUUCACAAUGUAACACUGGACGGUAAACCUAAGAGUAUCUUAGAACCAGAAAAAGUUGACGAUUCAGAGGAUUUAGUAAAUACACCUGGUGUAAAACGUAAAAGGGUUAAUAUCCAGCCGUCAAUUAAAGAUAGUUUGUCAUUCUGUACAUCUAUGACAAGUGGAUCAAAGUCUGGCGAGAUUACAAAUGCUUUGGUGUAUUAUAUUACAAAAGAUAACCAACCCUUUUCUACAGUAGAAAACUGUGGGUUUAAGCAUUUCAUGAAAGUUAUCUGUCCUUUAUAUGAAGUACCGUCAAGGAAUACUAUAAAAAACAAAAUUGAUGAAAAAUAUAAGUAUUUGGCAAACAAGUUUAAGGAAAAACUAAAUCAGACGAACAAUUUUACUUUAACAACUGAUAUUUGGUCUGAUUUAUCUAUGAAAAGCUAUUUAGGAAUUACAAUACAUUUCUUGGAGGGAAUACAAUUUGUUUCGGGUACAUUGGGAGUAUAUGAAUUAAAUGAAUCACAUACAUCAGAGUAUAUAAGUCGUAUGUUUGAGAAUUGUCUGUCAGAAUGGAAUAUUUCACAAAAUCAAAUUAUUGCUGUUGUUACAGAUAACGGGUCAAACAUAAAAAAGGCAGCACAAGCUACGUUUAGUGUGGAUAAGUAUAUACCAUGUAUUGCGCACACCAUAAAUUUAAUUGCGGAAAAAUCAAUAUCAGGCACAAAUAAUUUGAGUUACUUACUUCAAAAGGUACGGAGUAUUGUAAAAUUCAUAAAAAAUAGCACUAUUGUCAGCGAUGAGUUAAGGAAAUGUCAAACUAAUGAAGGAAAAUCAGAAGGACAAUUACAAAAAACUAUUUUAGAUGUAAAAACUCGCUGGAAUAGUGUUUAUUACAUGGUUGAAAGAUUUUUAAAACUUUCAUCCAUGAUAUCUGGAAUUUUACUAACUAAGCCAAAUGCCCCAGACAUGUUAACCGGUCGUGAGUUAAAUGAUUUGAAAGGUAUUUGUGCUCUUUUACAUCCUCUAGAAAACUUAACAACAAAAAUGUCUGGUGAAAAGUAUGCAGUGAAUAGCACAGACAUACCAUUAUUGAAUUGUGUAAAAAGUGCUACAGAAAGUAUAAUUGUAGAAUCAGAUAUUUGCAUUGAUUUACAAAAAAAUAUUUUAAGUGAGAUACAUAGACGGUUCAAAGACAUAGAAAAGUUCAAUGACUUUCCACUGGCUACACUUCUGGACCCCAGAUUCAAGAACGUGCAUUUCAAGAAUCCAGUUAAUUGCCAAGCUGCCAUAGACGGUAUUAAAAAUAUGCUACAGUUACAGUUACCACAGCCAAGUAACCUUGAGGAUCAAGCUUCCACUUCACAUGCUGAACAAGUAGAUUCAAAUAAUGGUAAAAAAGAUAGUUUUGAUUUAUGGGCAUACCAUUCUGCAAUUGCAACGAGUCAAAUUCAAAGGAGAACGCAACCCAUAAGUCAAGAGAUUUAUGAAUAUUUACAAAAGCCAGUUGUUCCUGUAAAUUCAAACCCCCUAGAAGUUUGGGAAGUUCUUAAGACCAUGCAUCCUAAUUUAUACACUAUUGUUAAGGAAAAGUUGUCCAUUAUAGCAACUUCCGUUCCUUCUGAACGUCUAUUUUCAAAAGCCGGAGCAACGAUUAGCAAAUCACGAAACCGACUCAUAGCAAUAACUGUGAAUAAGAAGCCCACAUUGUAA